CUGAAAAAGCCACAACGGCAGCACUCGCUCCUUUAAAGUAGCAGCAUGCACAACCUGAUCAUUCCUUAUCACUUGAUAAUGUAGGGAGCUACAGAGACUUGAUUCUUCCUGUCCGCCUUCGUCUUGAUAAUGUACCUCUGUGUCGCAGCUCAUCGAAUUAGGCCCCCUCUCCCCGAAUCCAAAUUCUAUAUUUUAAUCGAAUUAGAUGUUAAUUUGAGUCAUUGAGAUUUAUUCUGCUACCGUGAGACUCAUAUUUUUCUACAAGCUUCUCUGCAGCAACUACGACACUCUCGUCGUCUCCCAUAUAUACCAACUUCCCGUGCUCUUCUUUCCCCCUCCCCCUCGCUUCUGCUUCGUUUCUAACAUGUCCAUGAACCCCCUAGCGCGACAUCAUCCGCAAGCUUGGACUUGGGAGGAGUCUCCCAUGAUCAACCCACGCCAGUACUUCCAUUACACGUACCGAGUAGGGCAGGAAGGAGUCGAGCAUGAGAGGGAGCAUAUGUUUGAGAAGCCCCUGACUCCAAGCGACGUAGGCAAACUCAACAGAUUGGUCAUACCGAAACAGCACGCUGAGAAGUACUUCCCCCUCGACGGCGACUCGGGCGAGAAAGGCCAUCUUUUGAGUUUCGAGGACGAGUCGGGCAAGCCAUGGCGGUUCCGCUACUCGUACUGGACCAGUAGCCAGAGCUACGUGCUGACCAAGGGCUGGAGCGGCUUUGUCAAGGAAAAGAGGCUCGAUGCUGGCGACGUCGUCUUCUUCGAGCGUCUUCGGCACCGCGGCGACCGGUUCUACAUUAGUUGCAGGCGGCGCAGUGAAGAUGAGAGCCCACCGGCAGCUUGCACUUUGACCAUGGCCAACGCGGCAGCUCCGUGGAUCCCCAUGUGCUACACGGCGAGAGCUUCAUCGACCACGAGACUCGCUCUUCGCGCAGAUGACGAGGUUGAUGUAGUGAGAAGCAAGGCGAUGGGACGUCCGACUCACUCUAAGCGUUUGAGAUUGUUUGGCGUCAAUUUAGACUGCGUGCCGGAGCUAGAGACGCAGUUGGUUCUUGCCCCAGAAACAGGGCAAGUUCAUGCCCACCAAAACCUCUAGAUAUCAACUGCAGGUUGCCAAUUCAUCCGUCUCCCAAGAAGACGAAGAAUGCUACUUAUUUCUGAUUCUUGUUGCUUAACGUAGUACAUUUUGCUCUAAAACUAGUUUGUGAUUGCAUGCUUGGAGUAGCUGGAUGAGGGAGGAUGUUGUGGAGGAAGUGAAGUGGAAGAGAGAUGAGGAGGUCCGAGGCCAUGUUCCCAAAUUCCACCAACCUACCCUCCCCUCUCCCAAGUGACGUUUUGGGUUCACUCGACCACCCUGUACGGGCCCUGUCGGUCGAUGUCCUCAUGGAUGGGAUACUACUUACCGGGUGAGAUCUCAGGAAACAUCAGAUCGAAAGGAAACAGCAGCAGUACCUCUAGAUAGCCUUAGCCAAUGUUCUUAUAUUUGUAAUCCUCUCAAAAAGAAAGAAAAAGAAGGAAGAGAUCAUCUUGUGGUAAUUGAUUUUUGCUGUCAUUUACUUUCUUAUUAUUUCACACUCGCAGUAGAAUGUAAGAGGAUAGGAUGAACACAGACGCGACUCCUUGCGGAAUUAUAUCAUAGAGAUCACAAGAAAACGAUCGUAUGGUGACGAAAGGUGUCGUCCUUAGAAUUAUCAAAUGAACUCAGCGGCAUGACAUAACAGUAAAAGCGUGCAGAUCAUAAGAAAAGCGAAGUGGGAAGAGACGUCAGGAUACAUUUGAAGGACAAAUAUGACAAGGACACGACGAUGAGCAAACGAUGCAGUAGGAAAUGAUGGAGAUGAUCAUGCAUCAGAUGAGAGGUCCACUCCGCGGAAAAUGAAUCCAUUGAGGGCCUACAAAAUGCCUCCCACUAU